AUGGAUCCAGACCACAGUCGUCCUGUUACUGUUUCGGCCAAGGGCAGCCUGCACCCGGACGAGACCAAGUUACUGGUGCUGGACAUCGGCGUGGCCUCGCCGGUUGACCCGAUGCACAGCGGCACUGUCCUGGAGCUGUCGGCCGACGGGAAGUCGAAGAAGGUGUUGGUAACGGGGCAGCGGUUGCCGGACGGCAUAGAUCUGGACGCUGUAUCGGGACGCAUGUUCUGGACCUGCAUGGGCGUGCCCGGCAAAGACGACGGCGAGGUAUUUUCAGCGAACCUCGACGGCUCCGACGUGCGCUCGAUCGUCUCCCAGGGCAUCGUCAACACGCCCAAGCAGCUGACAGUUGAGCCAACGACGCGGAAGCUCUACUUUUGCGACCGCGAGGGCAUGAGCGUGCUGCGUUGCAACUAUGACGGCAGCGACCUCGAGGUGCUCGUGCAGAACGGCGACUGGAAGGCCGAGGGCGUCGCCGACUGCUGCAAGUGGUGUGUCGGCAUCACCGUAGCGCCGCGGCUGAACCGGUUCUACUGGACGCAAAAGGGCCCGUCCAAGGCCGGCAGGGGCCGCAUCUUCAGUGCCCGCAUCGACGGUCCAGCAACACGAGACCGGACCGACAUCGAGCUCAUCCUCGACCACCUGCCUGAGCCCAUCGACCUCGAGAUCGACGAGGGCUCAGAAAUGCUCUACUGGACCGACCGUGGCGAGCUGCCAUAUGGAAACUCGGUCAACUGCGCCCAGCUCAACGCCGUGACCGGGCUCGCCGUCCCGGCCGACGACGGGAAGCCGUUCCACAUCCUCAGCAGACACUACAACGAGGCCAUCGGCAUCAAGCUCAACCUCGAGGCCGGCUGCAUGUACGUCACGGACCUCAGCGGCACCGUCUACCGUUGCUCCCUGGAUGGCUCGUCGAAGGAACGCAUCCUGUCCGACGAUGACUGUGCCUUCACCGGAAUCACGGCGUGA